AUGUUUGCCCGCAUCGAUUCUCUCACUAUUCCUGCUCGCGAUUUGGCAGUUCUUGCUUAUCACCCAGCUGCCGAGCAGGACUUUCAACAUGACCAGAGCUUGGCUUCCGGUUCUUUCCCGGCCCGCGAUGCAAACGAAGAGAAUGGCGCCCAUGGUGAUCAGGAAAUCUCGCACAACGUUGCCGCCAUUGAGACGUUGCUCAUGGCUCUGAGGGACACCGCCCCGGCCCAGACAGUCGAAGACCGACUUCUUGGCAACUUCCCUAGGCGCAUUACAACUCCAGAGCUGGUGAACAUACGCAGGAGCUUCUUCAAUACGCCCCAUGCAAGCCACCCCACCGAGGACCCAGAAGACUCUCUUCCCAUCUUGAACAGCCAAGGUGCUCGCAACAGACCAGAGCUCUGUCAGUCUUUUUCAAACUUCGUCAACAGCUGUCUCCGGGACCGCAACCCCAGAGUCAUCCGCAUUGUAGUGACAGUCGUGGUUCUGAUCGGCCUUGGAGUCGCGGCAGUCGUGGUCAUGGCAGUUCACUAUGCAGACCCCGACAAAUACCGACCCACCACGAUGAUUGCUCCGGUCGUCCUGGCAUUCACCUUUGUUGCCGUGGGAGGCAUCUUCUUCGCCAGCGCCACCGUUGCUCGCUGCGACGAUGGCGUCGAGCUUGACAACUUGGCUAGCGGCGUCCGUGGAGGCCCUUCUCCGAGUGUCCUUUCCUCGUCCACCGAGUUGACCAUCCCUGUCCCUGUCCGUCUCGGGCCCCGCGUCGAGGUCCGCAUUCGGUCUGGUCCUCGGCCUCUGACCCCAUUCCCCGCAGCUGCCAUCGCCAUCCCUGCCGUCCUCCCACCCGCAGGAACUCGGCCACUCCGCCUUGUGGAUUCUGUGGGCUCCGAACGGUCAACUUCGGCCAACUAG